GCCCGGCCGGGCGGCCCCCGCUCAGACCAGCGCCCCUGCACCAUGCUCCCGGCCAGCAGCACGCUCGUCCUCGUGGGGCUCCUGGCGCUCUGGGCCGAGCUGCCGCCGGCAUCUGCCCAGAAUGACACCACGAAAGCCGGCGUGUGCCCAGACCCGGCGGUGGAGGAGGCGAACUGCACCCUCGGGUGCCAGUCUGACAGCGACUGCGAGAGCACCCGCAAGUGCUGCCCGGCCGCCUGCGGCAGGGCCUGCCAGGACCCCGACGAGAAGCCGGGCACCUGCCCGCCCGUGAAGCCGGGGAUCCCCAUGCUGGGGCUCUGCUUGAACCAGUGCAAGACGGACUCCAACUGCUCCGGGGCCCUGAAGUGCUGCAGGAACGGCUGCGGCAAGGUCUCCUGCGUGACUCCGCUCCACUGAGGCACCGCCAGCGCCGGAGAAGCCGCCGCUGCCGCGCUCGCCCGGCCCAGCCCAGACGCCAUGUGGAGCCGGCUGCAGCUCCCUGCCCGGGCGCUCGCCGCAGCCCCGUGCUCUCGCCAAUAAAG